UCAGUGCAGUCUGUGUGUGGUAGCGCGCGCGGAGGAGAAGCUGGUUGUGGUGAAUUGCCGUAUCGGCCGACCUGAACAUUUCAGCUGAGAAACGACUACUGGACCGAACCAGGCGCUUCUGGGGUGCACCGCUGGAUCUAACGCGGGCUUGGUUGCCACUGUUUACUGCCAGCAACUCAUUCGAGUAGGUGUCUGUCGAGCGAGCGGACCUGCGAAGAGGAGUCCGCUGCCGGGGUUCAGAGGACUCUGUCGGGGCAGCGAGGAGCGCGGGGCGGAGAGGAGGUUCCGGAUAUUCCCAUGGGUUUAUUUCACUGCCAACGGAUUUACAAAGACGCGGUUUAUAACGAGGAUUAACCUGUUCAAGGAGGAAUCGGCGGAGACAAAGGUCGACGGGGGUGAUGCGUUCACGUACCGGAGCGUGAGCUCGAAUCGCAGCGGAAAACAGCGCUUUGUCCGCCGGCUAUCGGAGGGUGGAGGAGGAGGAGGAGGAGGUGGUGGUAGUGAUAUUCCUUCUCUGACAUCACCAAACUAAAGCUGACGAUCGCGUGAGGCGACUCGACAUGUAUCCACAAGGCCGGCAUCCGGCACCUCACCAGCCAGGACAGCCUGGCUUCAAGUUUACAGUGGCAGAGUCAUGUGACCGAAUCAAGGAUGAGUUUCAGUUCUUGCAAGCACAAUAUCACAGUCUUAAAGUAGAGUACGACAAACUGGCCAAUGAGAAAACAGAGAUGCAGCGUCACUACGUAAUGUACUAUGAGAUGUCAUAUGGGCUCAACAUUGAGAUGCACAAACAGACUGAGAUUGCAAAGCGUCUCAAUGCCAUCCUGGCACAGAUCAUGCCAUUCCUGUCUCAAGAGCAUCAACAGCAGGUUGCCCAAGCUGUUGAACGGGCCAAGCAGGUCACAAUGACCGAGCUGAAUGCUAUCAUCGGGGUACGUGGACUUCCCAAUCUGCCUCUGACUCAGCAGCAGCUCCAGGCUCAGCACCUCUCCCAUGCAGCUCACGGUCCGCCAGUGCAGUUACCGCCUCACCCCUCAGGCCUGCAGCCCCCUGGACUGCCUGCCGUGACAGGUGCUGGCUCAGGACUCCUGGCACUUGGUGCCCUCGGCAGCCAGGCUCACCUACCUGUGAAGGAUGAGAAAAACCACCACGACCUGGAGCACCGAGGCCCCUCAUCGUUUCACUCGCCUCUGGCUCUUCCACUGAAAGACCGUGAAUCCAGUACGAAUAAUUCGGUGUCUCCUUCAGACAGCUUGCGAGCAGCGAGUGAAAAGCACCGCAGCUCAUCCGACUACAGUCUGGACCCCAAGAAACGCAAAGUGGACGACAAGGACAGCAUGAGUAGAUAUGACAGCGAUGGUGAUAAAAGUGACGACCUGGUGGUGGAUGUGUCCAACGAGGAUCCAGCCACUCCUCGUGGGAGUCCCGCCCACUCACCACCAGAAAAUGGAUUAGAUAAAUCCAGAGUCCCGAAGAAAGAUGGACCCAACAGUCCUGCUUCAGUCGCCUCCUCAGGAAGCACGCCAUCGUCUAAAGCCAAGGAUCAUGGCCAUAAUGACAAGUCGUCGACACCAAGCCUGAAGUCCAACACCCCCACACCCAGAAAUGAAGUGCAGACUCCAGGAACCAGUACAACUCCAGGACUACGACCGCUUACUAUGGGCAAACCACCGGGCAUGGAGGCACUAGCUGCCCCAGCUCUGCGAACACCCUUGUCGAUCGCCGGUUCUUAUGCCUCACCUUUUGCAAUGAUGGGUCACCACGAAAUGAACGGGUCUUUGACCAGCCCAGGGGUCUAUCCUGGUCUCAUCUCACCUCAGAUGAGUGCUGCUGCUGCCGCUGCAUAUGGACGCUCCCCAAUUGCAGGGUUUGACCCUCAUCCUCACAUGAGGGCCCCUGGUCUGCCAGCCAGCCUCACGUCCAUAUCUGGAGGGAAACCAGCGUAUUCCUUCCACGUGAGUGCUGAUGGUCAAAUGCAGCCGGUACCUUUUCCUCCGGAUGCACUGAUCGGACAGGGCAUCCCUCGUCACGCACGCCAAAUCAACACUCUGAGCCACGGUGAAGUUGUGUGUGCCGUCACCAUCAGUAAUCCCACUCGUCACGUCUACACCGGCGGCAAAGGCUGUGUUAAGAUUUGGGACAUCAGCCAACCAGGGAGCAAGAGCCCAGUAUCCCAGCUGGACUGCCUGAACAGGGACAACUACAUCCGCUCCUGCAAGCUGUUGCCUGAUGGCCGCACCCUUAUUGUCGGUGGUGAGGCCAGCACACUGACCAUCUGGGACCUGGCCUCUCAGACCCCUCGCAUCAAGGCAGAGCUUACUUCCUCUGCGCCCGCCUGCUAUGCUUUGGCCAUCAGCCCUGAUGCCAAAGUCUGCUUCUCCUGCUGCUCAGAUGGAAACAUUGCUGUGUGGGACCUUCACAACCAGACCCUUGUCAGGCAGUUCCAGGGUCACACAGACGGAGCUAGCUGCAUCGACAUUUCACAUGACGGCACCAAACUCUGGACCGGGGGCCUGGACAACACCGUCCGCUCCUGGGAUCUGAGAGAAGGACGACAGCUUCAGCAGCACGACUUCACCUCUCAGAUCUUCUCCUUAGGCUACUGUCCUACUGGUGAGUGGCUGGCUGUGGGGAUGGAGAGCAGCAACGUGGAGGUUCUUCACCACACUAAACCGGACAAAUACCAGCUGCAUCUGCACGAAAGCUGUGUCCUGUCAUUAAAGUUUGCCUACUGUGGUAAAUGGUUCGUGAGCACUGGAAAGGACAAUCUGCUCAACGCAUGGAGGACCCCGUACGGAGCCAGCAUCUUCCAGUCAAAGGAGUCGUCCUCUGUCCUGAGCUGUGACAUCUCCGCCGACGACAAAUACAUUGUGACGGGUUCAGGCGACAAGAAGGCGACGGUCUACGAGGUCAUCUACUAGAGGAUCGCACCCAUGUGGAAACUUUGUUCCUGGAUUAUAUCAAGCUGAUGCUGCUGUGGAUAUUUUUAUAGAGAGAUCAAGCUCCUUUUUCUGGAUUUUCUUCUGUUUUGAGAACACUUUGGCCAAAUCCACAGAAGCUGCCGCUCUUAUCCUCGACCUCCCAAAUGUCUUGUGAAAAGUGUACAUAUUGGAUUAAAUGGAUGUUUUAUAUACAUAUCUAUAAAGUCUAUAUUUUCAUGUCCUGGUGUGCUCGUGACUGUGUUUUUUGGAGGUUUUAUCAGUCACUGUGUAGGAAAAGAAAACUUUCUUGAAGGGCGUCCUCCUGGAUGAGGAGCAGGAAUUAAAAAUGGCCUUUGUCACAGUGCUCUUAUCAGUUUUGAGGUGAAGCCACGCCUUGUCUGGACCGCUGUCAUCAAGGAGAAGUGAUGGAUGUUAUCAUCUCUGUACAUAAACGUUUGAAUCGAGCUGCUCACUCGGACUGCUGUUUGGUUUCCGGGGAGCUGAAACGUUGGACUCUACUUUCCAUGGCUGAGGAUUUGCACCGCUGAUUACUUGAUUCUUAACAAAAACCCAGUCCGGCCCAUGUUAUCAGAAGCCUCUUUCUUAUCUCAUUGAUAUUCCUGGAACUGUUUGGCUUCCGGCACGUCCCACCUGCCUCUGUCGCUGUAUGUUGAGGUGCACACAAACCAGCCGGAGCGCGUCGCGGAAAAAUGUGGUUCCUUCUGAAACGGACCGUGUUUCUCUCAUAAACAAGCGGAACCUCUGAGUAUGUAGCAAGAGCUGUCAGCACUGAAGAGAA